AUGGAUUCUAAUCCGUAUGUGAAUAUAAAUUUUGUUGAUCUUCUUCAAAGUCAACAAGAUACUUCUUCGAUUCCUUUUCUUACCACUCAAGCUACCGAAGGUAUAAACUUCCAACAAGAAACUUCUUCAGGGCGCAAGGAACGAAGGACUUGGUCGCCUACAGAUGAUAUAGUCCUCAUCAGCUCGUGGUUAAACAUGAGAAAAGAUCCCCUUGUCGGGAAUGAGCAAAGGUCCAUAGCUUUCUGGAAGAGAAUAGCAGCGUAUUUUGCGGCCAGUCCUAAGCUUGCUGGCUCUGAAAAAAGAGAGUCAUCUCACUGCAAGCAAAGGUGGCACAGGAUCAAUGACUUAGUGUCAAAGUUUUGUGGAGCAUACGAGGCAGCAACCAUAGAGAAAAGUAGUGGACAAAAUGAAAAUGAUGUUCUCAAACUUGCCCACGAAAUAUUCUUCACCAACUAUAAGAAAAAGUUCACCCUUGAACACGCUUGGAAGGAGUUGAGAAAUGACCAGAAGUGGUGUGACUUUUCCACGGCCAAAACCGGUAGUGCUUGUUAA